AUGAAGUUCACAAACGCAAUCGCUCUCGCCAUCUUGGCUGCUAUUGCCACCGCGGCCGCUGUUCCUGAGGCUCAACCAUGGUGCGGAAGACCUGGUCAAGCAUGCAAGCGUGAAGCCGUCGCUGGUCCCGUCGCCGAGCCAUGGUGCGGACGCCCUGGUCAACCAUGCAAGCGUACCCCACUCGCUGAAGCUGAAGCUGAAGCUUGGUGCGGACGCCCCGGACAACCAUGCCGCAAGAACAAGCGCGCAGCUGAGGCACUUGCUGAGGCAUUCGCCGAGCCAGCCGCUGAGGCUGAUGUUGAUGAGGCUGUCAUCAAGAGAUGCAACAUGGUCGGUGGUGCUUGCUUCGAGGCCAAGAGACUCGCUAGAGAUCUCGCCGAGGCUACUGCCGAGACCGUUGAGGAUUCCACUGCUUUCCUUGAGAGCCUCAACAUCGAGACCCGUGAGAUUUCCGAAGUCGUUGCACGCGAAGCUGAGGCAUGGUGCGGACGCCCCGGACAACCAUGCAAGCGUGAUGCUCAACCCGAGGCUGAGGCCUGGUGCGGACGUCCCGGACAACCCUGCAAGCGUAACGCUGAGCCAUGGUGCGGACGCCCUGGACAACCAUGUAAGGAGAAGCGUGAGGCUGAUGCCGAAGCUGAGGCCUGGUGUGGACGUCCUGGACAACCUUGCCGUGCUGUUCGUCGUGCGGCCGAGGCUGUCGCUGAGGCCCUUGCCGAGGCCACCGCUGAGGCUUGGUGUGGACGCCCUGGACAACCUUGCAAGAGAGAGGCUAUUGCUGAGGCCGAGGCCAAUGCUGAGGCUUGGUGCGGACGCCCAGGUCAACCUUGCCGCAAGGCUAAGAGAGAUGCUUACGCUUUGGCUUACGCUGCUGAUGUUGCGCUUGCGCAAUUAUGUAUCGCUGCUCACGGAUAUCCGUCUCGUUACAUUUUAGUCGACAUCACUCCAGCGACACAUCUGUACAAUUUUUAG